AUGAACGCCCUCCCUUCCUUCUACUCGCUCCUCUCGCGCUUCUCCAAGGAGGAUGUAGAGUUCGCCACUCAGAGCCUCCAGCAACUCGGGGUCAUGGUCAAGAGGAAGAGGACAGAGCUCAACUUCGCGCUCUCGCAUGCAACCGAGAAGCUGCUGCAUCCCUCCAGCUGCUUCCGCCGUGUCCAGCAGGAGGUUCAGCAGUCGCUCGGGCAGGACCUGCAGCCGUUUCUCAGCUCAUCCGACCUCAUGUCCAAGUGCCGGGGAGGAGAAGUCGCGAGCUUCCUGCUGCUCCAGCUCAAGGGGCUGGUGGAGGCGCUAGCACAGGUCCCGCCUGACAUCCUCGACGAUGGGAAGAGGAGGAGGACGGAGGAGGGGGAGGGAGAGGAGCAGCGGAGGAACGGAGGAGGAGGAGGAGGAGGAGGAGGAAUUUCCUCGCACAUCCUUCAGACGAUGUCGGAGGGACUCCAGGCAGGGAAGGGGGAGGACUUGGAGCAGCCCCUGCCUGAGUGCGUCAUCGUGCUCGAGAACAACUGUGACUCCUCUUCCUCCAUCUUCGGCCCCUUCGGCAGCACCGACGACUCCAUAGCCUGCUACCUCACGGACUUGUGUGGUGCCGGUGAAGAGGACGAGGAGGAUGGACAGCAGGAGGAUGCAGCCGACCUGCUGCUUCUUCCUUUCUGGAGGCGAGAUGGCAAGAAGGACGAGAAGGAGAACGAGGAGGAGAGGAGGAGGGCAAUGCUGUGGCUGGAGAAACUUUCGUGCUGGAUAGCAGAGGAGAAGGAGGAGGGGGCUUCGGUGCAGCAGCUGCAGCAGCGCGCUGAAGGAGAAAUGACAGCCGUCGGACCUUGGCCGGGAGAAGUCGUGGAGGUGGGGGGGAUGGUGGAGAAGAAGUUAGUGGCAAAGAAGCACUCGAGCAUCUGGAUGAUGGAGACGGAGGACGCUCCUCCUGCCCAGGCUGCUGGGGACGCGGAGCAGGCGGGCGCUGACAUGGGAGCGUCCCGGAGGGCAGCAGAGGCGCUGCGGGACCCACAGGUGCUUGUGCCAUGGUUCACGGUGAAGGGCGAGGAGAACGAGGAGGCGCUAGAGGCGCUGAAAGCUUCAGUGUGCGAGCGCGUCUGGCAGAACCCUGGGAUCCCCGAGUCUCAUCUGAGAAGCAGAUAUUUCAUGCUGAACCCGAGAACUCUCGGGGACGUGCUCGUCAUCCUCGAAGCGGAAGGCAAGGUCGAGGUCCGAGCUCUCCACGUCCCACAGUGCUCGCUCGCUUCUCCUCCCCUCCCGACCAUCUUCGAGUCGUAUGCGAGAGCCUCGGAGUUCGGAGGAAGCUUCUCCGCCGCCAACCCCUCCGUGUCUCGAGAGAGGUACCUCUACCCCAAGCGCGUGUCCUUCAAGCCCCUUCUCUGA